AUGGUCACACUAGAAGAUGGAGACGCCCGCUACCCGCCGUCCCCAGGCGAGCUGGACAUUCCCGCUCGUCGCAGAAUCCCCCAUCCGCCUCGUUUAGAUCCGCUGAGAAUCCAUCCUCCUCGACCUUCCACCGCCACUGGUCAUCAUCCUUCCUAUCCUCAUCGCCAACCCCCAAUGCCUCGAAACCACCCCGCCUACCCUCCGUUGGAAGAUCCCUUCUUGCGUUCGGCGUCCCCUCAGCCUUCCUAUGGUGACGAUGGGACCAUGCAUCGCCCGACCUACCGCUACGCGCCCACCUUUCCUGCUCAGCCCCACGACCGCUCUCCCAAAAAGGCUCUGUUCGACGGUCAUCACGAACGGCCCUCUCAUCGCAACCUCUCGCCCCUCCAACCACCGCUCCGACCCACUCGAUCUAGUUCCCGGUUGAAUGGUAGACCCCCAAAGGCUCAUUACUCGCAAGAACGGCAACCCAGUGACCACUAUGCGCUGGCCUUGCCCAGAUCGACCCCGUACGGAUCCCCAGAUGUCCACGGGGAGGAUGCCCUGCGGUCGAGCGUGAACUCUGCCAUGACAUCCCGCUCCAGCAUCGAGCAGGCCAGCGGAACCGAACGAAGCAGUGUCCUCACCAAGAGUAGUUCCAUCACCGACCUAUCCCCCGAUACCCCCGAAGCACCUUACGACAAGGAUGGCGGCAUGAGCGUCGAAGACGCCAUUUCCAUGUAUCUAGAUGGCUUCAGUGAUGUCACAGAAGAACCUGCAUCUCCCGACGUGCGGGAUGACACCAAACUACGGCCAUUGAGCCCUCCUCGACCACCCACCGCAUUGACCUUGGACGAAGGUCAUACGUCCGAUGAACAUUCUCCAGACCUAGAUCCUGUCAAGAACCUGCCACCCGUACCGCCCACCCUCUCAACUCUGAACCCUCCCGACCAGAACCAGCUGGAUGGCCCAUUCCUGGGCGAUGCCGAGGCCGAUGAAAAGUUGGUGACGGAUGCUUCCCUCGAACAGGCCCCCUCAAACCCCGGCCUUGGGAUCGCCUACGAAGAGACCAAGCUGGUCAUCCCGGGCACCGUGCCUCCUCCCCUGCUUCUCGACACCGACAGUCGGGAUCGCUAUGGAUUUCGGAAAGCCAGCCACCAUGUCACGAUCCAGCAGUACGAAGCCUGGAGUGGCACGUACGCCGAUUUUGCCGCCAAUCGGAGGGUCAAGUGGUCCGACCUCUUGCGCGAGCACGGCUUACCGACCACUGAGCCCACGGUCUUCCCCGCCAAGUCGUCCAAGGUGAAACGCUUCGUGCGAAAGGGCAUCCCGUCGGAAUACCGGGGAGCGGCGUGGUUCUGGUAUGCGGGCGGCUACGAACAUCUCAACCGCAAUCCGGGUCUGUAUGAUCGACUGGUCCAGCAAGCGAUGGAGUCUCCGACCAAUGAUGAUAAAGAGCACAUUGAGCGCGAUUUGCACCGGACAUUCCCCGAUAACGUUCACUUCAAACCCGAAAAUGCUGACCAACUCAGCAAGUCGGCCGCUAGCUCUGGUAGCAGCAACAUGAAGCACAGCUCGGUGAUUGUCGAAACCCAGAUGAUCCAGUCGCUCCGUCGCGUGCUGUACGCUUUUGCCCUCCACAACCCUCAAGUGGGAUACACCCAAUCACUCAACUUCAUCACCGGCAUGCUCCUCCUCUUCCUUCCUGAGGAGAAGGCCUUUUGGAUGCUGCACAUUAUCACAACCGUCUACCUGCCAGGAACGCACGAGAUCAGCCUGGAAGGCGCCAACAUCGAUCUUUGGAUUCUCAUGGUUCUCUUGAAGGACACCUUGCCCCAUCUGUAUAACAAGAUCACGGGGUCAGGAGGCGGUCGGACAAAGACUCCUCCCCUCACCGUGAACUCCCGACUACCCGACAUUACUCUUGGCCUGACCAAUUGGCUUAUGUCGGUUUUUAUUGGAACGCUCCCAUUGGAGACCACUCUACGUGUCUGGGAUGUGUUUUUCUACGAGGGAUCCAAGACAUUCUUUCGUGUCUCCCUGGCCACUUUCAAGGCGUGCGAGCGGGAUAUCAUGGCUGUUUCCGAUCCGAUGGAGGUGUUCCAAGUGAUCCAGACGGUCCCCAAAAAGCUGCUGGACGCCAACUCGCUGUUGGACGACUGCUUUGUGCGACGACACCGUGUCGGUCAAGGUCGCAUCGAGGAACUGCGAUCGUCUCGACGGGUGGCUGUCCGCCAAGACAAGCUGCGGCGAUCGAUUGCCAUGAGCAAGGGUCAGCUUCAGGCUGCGACGGAUGAAUGGACGACUCCCCGAUCGCGCACGCCCAUCCCGGGAAUUGAGCGCAGUCUGGCGGAUUCGUGGCGGCACAUGAAACACCACGCAUUCCGGUGA